AUGACCAUGAUCACAGAAGAGCUGAAGGCCAAGGCAGAAGUGUACUACGGCAUGAAACCUGCCAAAAAAAAGUUUUUGCUCCAAGAGGUAGGGUUACCAAGGGGGCUCCUCCCAUUGAAGGACAUUUUAGAGGUUGGGUAUGUGGAGGAAACUGUGUUCGUGUGGCUCAAGCAAAAGAAGAAGAUUGAUCACUGCUUUAGGAAGGUCAGGAGGAUGGUCAGCUAUGCGCCAAAGAUCACUGUUUAUGUAGAGAAGUGCAAGAUCAAGAAGCUGACAGGGGUGAAGAUCAAGGAGCUCCUGAUUUGGGUCACACUCAAUGAGUUAUCAGUCGAUGAUCCUCCCACCUGA